AUGUUCCCACAUAAGGACAUUCACAAUGCCACAUGGAAAUCACCGGACGGAAUAACAGCUAACCAAAUAGAUCACAUACUCAUUCAAAAGAAAUUUCGUUCAUGCAUAAAAUACAUACCAAGCUAUAGAGGAGCUGACUGUAAUACAGAUCACUUCUUAGUAGUGGCAAAGUUUGAGCUAAAGCUACAGAGUCGAAAACAACUAGAAAAAGGAAGUAUCAUAAAGAUAAAUCUAGAGAUGCUAAAGGAUGAAGAAAUCCAGCAAAAAUAUUCAAAAAGUAUCGGUGAAUAUAUAAAGAGAAUGGAAUUGAAUGGCAUAGGUGAAGACUAG